UGCUCGCGUGGACAUAACACGCCCGGACAAGGAAGAACUGCUGGUGCCGCUCGAAAGUUUGGCAUUGUAUCGAUAACUUCCAUACAAACUUAACGGUGACACUGUGGUGUAGGCUUGGAACUUGAGCGAGGCUGGGAGAUUGGACGAGUGCGUCGAUGAGAGAGUCGGGAAUGACUAUGUCGCCGAGGAAGUCCACAGAACGCUUCACGUUGCUUUGCUUUGCACCCAAGACUGGAGAGCUUCGACCGGCAAUGGGCGACGUUUUGGCGAUGUUGCUCGGCUACCUCGACCUCGGGUCCCCCAGCUGAUAAUUCGCGAAGGAGAAGCUCUAAUCUCGAUCGAGACAAUGGACAUGACAUGGAACUGUUAAACGCACUUUACGAGCAAGCGAGGGUAAAAAUCAUAUAAGAUGAAAUCCUGACAAAACUAGAUGUAUGAUCUAUGGCCGGGAGGGAAAUAUAGGAUUAGAGAUGAGCUGCUUGUGGUGGGUUCUUCUUCUCAUUCUUUGUUUUGGCACACGGCCUCUCGCAGCACAGCAGCAGCGACCAGUGGACGUCACGGAUCCAGGUCAACUACCAAACGUUCUCUACUACAACACCGCCAACACCAGCGAAGGCAGCCCAUUCCAGCGAAAUCUCGACACAGUCUUCGAAUUCCUCCAGGGGUUCAAUCCCUCCAAUGGAUUUGCAACUUCUCUCGGAUAUGGUGCGUUUCCCAACAUCGCCUACGCGCACACGGCUUGCUACAACAUGUCGGACCAGCCCAGCUGCUCAUCUUGCAUCCAGCAGACGUAUGCCAAUGUCCGAACUAGAUUUCCAAUUGGUGCCCGUUUCUGGAGGAAUUCCACAGCACAAAGAUGCAACAUGCGGUUCGAGAAUAGCAAUUUUACGAGAGACUUGCCAUCGGGGACGCUAGGAAUAUUGGGUCCAAAUGCCUCCGCUCCAGCUCCACCUCCAGUGGUUCCCCCUCCAACUCCUGCUAGCACUCCAGGCGGUGGCAGUGGCGGAUCAGGCAACACAGCAGCCAUUGUGGCUGGUGUUGUGGUGCCAGUGUUUUUGAUCCUGGGAGUUGCCGGACUUCUGCUCGUCAAGCGCAGAAGGUCCCGACGACGACGACGACGACGACGACGACGAGGAGGGUUGCCUCGAGUUCCUUCUUCAGAACUGCAAAGGAGUUCGAGAGGACCCAUUGCGUUUUCUUACCGGGAUUUGUGUGAGGCCACCGAAGACUUUAGCGACCGAAACAAACUCGGACAAGGCGGAUUUGGCACCGUGUACAAGGCUUUCUUUGGCGAUGGAACCGUGUUUGCUGUGAAGAGGCUUUCGGUGGAGUCUCAGCAAGGAAAGAGGGAGUUUGUGAAUGAGAUCGAUAUUAUCACCGGCAUUCGUCACAAAAAUCUUGUGAUGCUCGAGGGAUACUGUUGCGAGGGGAAUCAUCGGCUUAUCGUCUACGAGUUUCUCGAGAAAGGGAGCCUCGAUCAAACACUGUUCGGAAAGAGUUUACUCUUAGAUUGGCCAGCUCGCUUCCAGAUUAUCGUGGGAGUGGCGAAAGGCCUCGCUUAUCUCCACGAGGAAUCACACGAACAGGUUAUACACCGGGACAUCAAGGCCAGCAACAUCCUCCUUGACAAAAUGCUCCAGCCGAAGAUCUCCGACUUUGGAAUCUCCAAGCUGGCGGGAGUGGACAGAGAAAACACAACCACGAGACUGGCCGGGACAGUUGGAUACAUGGCACCCGAGUACGUUCUUCGAGGGCGACUAUCUUCCAAGGCCGAUGUUUUCAGCUUUGGAGUUCUUGUUCUCGAGAUCAUCAGCGGCAGGAAGUGCAUGGAUGACACACUUCCUGUGGAAGAAGAAAUCCUUGCGCAAUGGGCUUGGAGCCUCUUUGGUGCUGGAAAGCUCGAAGAAUUAAUCGAUCCUAGACUGGAAAAGUUUUACAUCGCAGAAGAGGCUCACCGAGCCACGCACGUCGCAUUGCUGUGUAGCCGAGAAUUUGAAGGGAGCCGGCCAACGAUGAGUGCCGUGGUUGCGAUGCUCAUGGGUUACCUCGAGCUAGAGCCGCUCACCACGGUAGACACUCCCAACUACUUUGGACAGAUUCGCCACCAUGGUUGGACGACGACGACGACAACGACGACGUCACAAACCGGCUCUUCUUACGCAGCUUCUCCCUUGACUGCUACGAGCGCACGCUAGUCAAAGUCUGCCACCUUUCUCGAAGCCUGAAACCUGGUGUCUCGCACUUUUGUCAGUGGCGGAAAAAGUGUGGAAGGACUCUGGGAGCCACGCUGUCGAAGAUUUCGCAGCAAAAUCAAAAGUGGCGAAUCUCGGCAAAGAUUGAUCAUAUGUCCAAGUGAAUUGUGUUUAAAGACUAAGUCAAGAAAGACUUGGAUUUUUUCGA